CUUUUGUUUUUGUUUUGGACUGCAUCUUUUGAUGUUUGUGUUUAUGAUUUGAAAUUAAGGAUGGGGGCGGGAAAGAAGACGAAGAAUGCAAGAACGGAAUCCUCUUGGACAGUGAAUUCCACCACACCAGCUAGAAACUUGAGGACGACCGAAAUCGGGGCAAUUAUUUUUGGUUGCAAGCACAACACAAUUCAAGAAUGUUACAAUAAUCUAUUAUUUGGUUUGCCAGCACCACAUUUUGCAUAUGUGCGAAAUGUCAAACCUGGUAUGCCACUUUUUCUAUUCAAUUAUAGUGAUAGAAGACUUCAUGGUGUUUUUGAGGCUGUUAGCCAGGGACAAUUGAACAUCAGUCCUUAUGCAUGGACGGAUGGAUCCUACUACACACCAUAUGAGGCACAGGUAAAAGUUCGGGUUGUGACUCAAUGCAAUCCAAUCAAUGAAGAGAGCUUUAAGCCAAUAAUUGCAAGCAACUACUAUGACGAGAGGUUGUUUUGGUUUGAACUAGACAAAGUUCAAACUGAUAACCUGAUGUCUAAGUUUCAUGCAAAGCCAAGGGAAAUAUACAAGAGGCCUCCCUUACCACAAGGCCCAAUUGCCGAGGCUUCAAAUGCUUGUGCAGUGAGUGGGACUAGAGCGUCCAUUCCUGAGAAGAAGUGGAGUUCAUUGUUUAAAACUUCACCGGAUAAUGAGGCCAUAGCAGAAGCUUCUUCAGAUUUGUAUGCCAAUGCAGGGUGGGAAUCUGUGCAACCCAUGCAUGAGUCCAACUGGGAUAAUUGUUCUAAUUUUGAUCCUAUACCUGUUUAUGUAAACCAAGAAGUAGAGCACUCACAGGAUGAUGAAUUAAGUGUUGAUGCACCAAGUUCAGUUGAAACUAAUGUUGUUGACUCACCGACUAAGGCACCUUGUUUGGAUGGAGGCCUUGAGUAUUCUAGUGUACCUGAGGACUUAUUACAUUCAAGGGAAGAGUUGACAUCACAUAAUAAUAACAUGCAAGAUUCUGUUCAUUCAAUGGUCAGGGAACAUUCGAAAGCUGAGUUUACUUCAAAGGAGAUUGGCGAAUGUUCCAGUGAUUGCUGCUCAAGAUUGUUUGAAGAAGUUAAGAAAUUGAAGAUAUGUUGCUCACAACAAGAACAGAAGAUUAGUGUUCUGGAGCAGGCACUGGUUGAAUCAAAGAUACAAAUGCAGAAUCUUAUGCACCUGAACAACCACCAAAUGGAAUCUUCUCCUUUGACCUCUGCUGACUGUUUUGAGGACAAUAUAUAUGAUCACAAACCCAUAUAUGAUGCAUCAAUAUAUAUUGUUGGAGGAUACAAUGGUGAUUUCUGGUUAUCAUCAUUAACUAAAUAUUCACCUCUCUAUGAUGAGAUGAAACCCCUCCGCCCAAUGCCUUUUUUGCGGAGUUACGCAUCUAUAGCUAAACUUAAUGGUGAACUUUUCGUACUUGGUGGUGUUCAUGGUAACACAUGGUACGACACAGUUGAGUCAUACAUCCCUUCGAAUGACAUUUGGGUCACCCGCCCUUCAAUGAAUGGGAAGAAGGAAAGUCUAGCAGGAGUAUCUCUGUGGGACAGGUUGUAUGCAUUAGGUGGCGGGGAUGGAGUUGAAUGUUUUUCAGAUGUUGAAUUCUUAGAUUUGAAUGGUGGAAGGUGGAUUACCUCACAGUCCAUGCAACAGAAGCGCUUUGAUCCUGCAGCAGCCGAGACCAAUGGGGCACUUUAUGUUGUUGGUGGAUAUGAUGGAGUACAUUACUUAAGCACGGCAGAGAGAUUCGAUCCUAGAGAAGGUUCAUGGAAUAGCAUCAAGAGUAUGAGCGUGGGCAGAGGUUGUCACUCUUUGAGUGUGCUGAAUGGGAAAUUAUACGCAGUGGGAGGUUACGAUGGAUCGAAGAUGGUUUCAUCAGUAGAGGCUUUUGAUCCUCGGGUUGGUGCUUGGAUGUCAGUUGAGAACAUGAAGGGUUGUAGAGGUUCGUUUGGAGCUAGUGUGGUUGGGGAGAAGAUAUAUGCGAUUGGUGGAGUGGGUGAAAAUGAUGUGGUCCUUGGGACGAUUGAAUGUUACAAAGAGGGUACUGGAUGGCAGGUGACUGACCUGAAAGGCAUUGGAGAAAGGGGAUUCUUCUCUUCCAUUGUGAUGUAGCUGAUUAGAAGUGAGUGUUAUCUUUUCUUAAAACUGAUUUUUUUUUAUUAAAGUCAGAAGUCCAACAACAAC